AUGGAGAAUGAAACAUUCAACUUCGACAUCAUCUCCAUCGAGGGGUUAAAGGUCGGCCCCCAGUCCUCCAUCCCUACCUUCAUCUUCAUCCUCCUCAUCUACGUCUUCAUCAUGGUGUCCAACAUCGGCCUGGUGGUCCUGAUCUCCAUGGAGAGGAGCCUCCAUGAGCCCAUGUACCUGCUGUUCUGUAACAUGAGCAUUAACGACGUCUUCGGGUCGACCGCCAUCCUUCCUCGCCUUCUCAGCGAGGUUUUCACCCCGAUCGCCGAGCGCUACAUCCACUACAUCGACUGUGCAGUCCAGGCGUUCUCUGCUCACUUUCACGCCGGCACCUCUCACUUCGUUCUGGUGGUGAUGGCUUACGACCGCUACGUGGCGAUCUGUAACCCUCUUCGCUACGCCACCAUCAUGACCAACAGGAUGGUGGUGAAGCUGUCGGUGGGGGCCUGGAUGGUGCCACUUAUUUUAGUCGCCAUCCUCUUGGGCCUCACGCUCCGUCUGAGUCGCUGCAGACGGGUCAUAACCAACCCGUUCUGUGAUAACGCGUCUUUGUUCAAACUGUCCUGCGAGAAUCUCUUCAUCAACCACAUCUACGGCUUGGCCAGCGCCGCGUUCACCCUAGGCUCCUCCCUCGGCAGCGUCACGCUCACCUACCUGAGGAUCGCCAUGGUGUGUCUGAGCAGUAAGAACAAGGCGUUGAACAGCCGGGCGGUGCAGACCUGUGCCACUCACCUGGCCGUUUACCUCAUCAUGCUGGUCGCCUCCUUCACCCCUAUGAUCAUGCACCGGCACCCUCAGUGGGCGGAGAACGGGAAGGUGGCGUCGGUCAUGUUCCACGUGGUUCCCCCCGCACUGAACCCACUCAUCUACGGGCUGCAGUGCACAGAGCUCCGAAAUAAGAUCAUCAACGUGUUUCAAAAGAAGAGAGUCAUGGACGCCAAAGGAGCCAUGCAUGUGCCAAGCUUACAUAAAUAA